AUGGGAAUUAAACAUCUCUUCCAGCUUAUCAAGGAGGAAGCUCCCCUCUCUAUCAGGGAGGGUGAGAUCAAGCAACAUUUCGGCCGCAAAGUCGCAAUCGAUGCGUCCAUGAGCAUCUACAGCUUCCUGAUUGCCGUUCGCUCAGACGGCCAACAGCUCAUGAACGAUGCCGGAGAAACGACAUCACAUCUGAUGGGCAUGUUCUACCGCACUCUCCGCAUGGUCGAUGCUGGUAUCAAGCCACUCUACGUCUUCGACGGCAAGCCCCCCAAGCUCAAGUCCGGAGAAUUGGCCAAGCGUUUCCAGCGGAAGCAAGAAGCACAGGAGGACCUCGAGGAGGCCAAGGAGACAGGAACGGCCGAGGAUGUUGAGAAGUUCUCGCGCCGGACAGUGCGUGUCACCAGAGAGCAUAACGCUGAAUGCCAGCGACUCCUGAAGCUGAUGGGCAUUCCGUACAUCAUUGCCCCGACUGAGGCUGAAGCCCAGUGUGCCGUGCUUGCGCGUGCUGGCAAGGUCUAUGCUGCUGCUAGCGAGGAUAUGGAUACGCUGUGCUUCAAUACCCCUAUUCUUCUUCGGCACCUUACCUUUGCCGAGCAGCGCAAGGAGCCCAUCCAGGAAAUCCAUACGGACAAGGUGCUGGAAGGGUUGAACAUGGACAGGAAGCAGUUUGUUGAUCUCUGCAUCCUCCUUGGUUGCGACUACCUCGAUCCAAUCCCCAAGAUCGGCCCUUCGACCGCUCUCAAGCUGAUCCGUGAGCACGGCUCCCUUGAGAAAGUGGUCGAGUUUAUCCAGAACGACCCCAAGAAGCGCUAUACCAUCCCCGAAGACUGGCCAUACCAGGAUGCGCGCGAGCUGUUCUUCAAUCCCGACGUUCGGCAGGCAGACGACCCGGAGUGUGAUUUCAAGUGGGAGAAGCCAGAUGUCGAGGGGCUGGUUCAGUUCUUGGUCAAGGAAAAGGGGUUUUCGGAGGACCGUGUUCGCAACGGAGCGCAACGUCUAGAGAAAAAUCUGAAAGGAGCGCAGCAGGCGCGCAUCGAGGGUUUCUUCAAGGUCAUCCCGAAGACCGAAGCGGAGAAGCAGGCCCAGAAGCGCAAGAUCGAGGAGCAAAUUGAGGCGAGGAAGAAGAAGGCCAAGGAGGAGAAGAAGGAAAAGGCGAAGCAGAAGGCGAAGCCUCGUGGUGCUGCUUAA